AUGGCGAGGGAGAAGGCGAAAGAGAAGGCGAGGGAGAAGGCGAAGGGGAGGGAGAAGGCGAGGGAGAAGGGGAAGGAGAAGGGGAAGGCGAAGGGGAAGGCGGAGGGGAGGGAGAAGGCGAGGGAGAAGGCGAGGGAGAAGGCGAGGGAGAAUGCGAAGGGGAAGGCGAAGGAGAAGGGGAAGGAGAAGCCGAAGGAGAAGUCGAAGGAGAAGGCGAAGGAGAAUAUGACGGAGAAGGGGAAGGCGAAGGCGAAGGCGAAGGCGAAGGAGAAGGAGAAGGAGAAGGAGAAGGAGAAGGAGAAGGAGAAUCACCACACUGUAGCGUGUGUCCCCCGUCCAAUCGCUCUCGCUCUGCGUGUUAUGGACUAUGGGCGAGGAAAUGCGCCACGGGCAGCAAGCAGGGGAGCACAGGUGGAGCAGCAAGUGGAGGCGCACAGGCGGCAAGGGGACGGCGCGAAUGGGGGAGAGGGGAAGGAGGGUACGGAGAGAAGGGAGGCGAGGGAGGAGGAAAUGGAGGAGAGACGGGGGAGGGAGGAGGAGAGGGAGGGAGUUGAGUUGCCGUGUGUGGUGCGAGCACUGCUGAAGAAACUCAGGAAGAGGGUACUAGUGGGGGACGUUGUAAGACUAGGCACCGCCAAUGGCUCGACCUCCCCUCCCCACCCCACCCCGCCUCCCCCCCUCCUCUCCCUCCUCCUCCUCCGCCUAUCCCGCGCGCUCACAACCCUCCCCACGCCCUCCGACCUGCGAUUCACGCUCCUCACCAUCAUCGCCAUCUCGCCUCUCAUGUACCUCUUCGCCUCCUGGGCUGACGCCUUCUACCUCCCCCAACCUGGCUGGAAACUUUCCUUCUAA